GUACAAUCUCCCAUACGAGGUACUUUAAUCAACUAUUGAGAGCAAAAGAAAAUGGCAGAACAAGGGCCCGACACUCCCAUCACAGCCACCUGCCACUGCGGUGGCAUUACGGUCACCGCGCCACGCCGCCCCGCCUACGUCAACGAGUGCCAAUGCACCCUCUGCCGCCGCUACGCCGUGGCCUGGGCAUACUACGACCCGGCCGAAGUCAAGGUGGACAUCAAGGAGGGCGCCGCGACGACGAAGUACAUCUGGGGCGACCGCGACCACUCGUUUGACUUUUGCUCAAAGUGCGGGUGCAUGUGUUACUGGUGGCCGGUGAAAGCCCAAACCACCCCGAUGAUGGGUCUCAAUACUCGCCUGGUCGAUCCCGACGAGAUGAGAUGGGUGACGCGGAAGAUUGAUUACGACCAGCUGUUCGUGCCGAUCGAGGCGAAGGACUCGCCCCAUCCGGAGGACAAGGCCAAGUAUUGAAGGGGGUUUCCAAAGCGGUGGUACCGAUUACGCGGUAGUCAGAGUCGCUGUGCGAGGGAACAGGGGAUGGAGUACAUACAGGAUGGUGUCGCAGAUGUUCGAAGGGCAGCUGUAAGGAUCAAAAGGAUACAGACAGACCUACUACCUACAUACAUACCUACAUACAUACAUACCUCACGCCCACGCAGAUCUGAUGUUUGUCCUGAGUGAAAUUGGCCUUUUUCGGACGCGGGUAUAUACAAG